AACCCAGAGGCCUGAGUGGCCUGAUACCAUGCCACCUGUGUUUGCAACAUUGUCGUCAAGUGUCCAGUAUCCUCGGACAACUCCAUACUGUGAUGUACAACAAAGUGUCAAGAUAACAUGUGGAUCUGGCAUAACCUUUGCAGCCAGUUGUACAGCUAUAAACUGCUGUUUUGAUGGCCAGAGAUGCUUCUAUGGAAAAUUAGUGACUGUACAGGCCACCAAAGACGGUCAGAUUGUGGUGGUGGUGUCCAAACAGGCCACUCUUCCAACUUUGGACCUAACCUCGGUUCGUCUUCGGAAUGAUGCAGACCCGCAAUGCAGACCCAUUGCCUUUAACUCUGCCUUUAUAGUCUUCCAGUUCGCUGUCACAGCUUGUGGAACCUCCGUAAUGGGAGGAACUGAUUUCAUAGUCUAUGAGAACAGCAUGGAGUCUUCUUAUGAUGUCAGCUUUGGACCUCUGGGAUACAUUACAAGGGACAGCUACUUUAAGCUGGCAUUCCAGAUCAGAUACACGGGGAUGUCCGUACAAACUCUGACUGUCGAGAUAUUGGACAAAAACAACCCCCUUGACGUUUAUGAUGAAGGCCCCCUUAAUCUCGAACUCAGACUGGCAAAUGGCCAGUGCUCAGUGAAGGGCUGUAGGGAUGAAAACAUGUACUACUCCUCAUAUUAUGGCAUGGCAGACUAUGCCGUUACCAAGGUGCUGCGGGAUCCUGUGUACGUGGAGGUGCGUGUUAAGGAUAAGACAGACGGCAGUAUGGUGCUGAUCCUGAACCGCUGCUGGGCCACCAACAGCCCUCUGCCUCACAGCAUACCCCAGUGGGACCUCCUGGUUGGCGGCUGUCCAAACCCAAAUGACAACAAGUACCUGACCACUUUGGUUCCAGUGGCCAGCUCUCCCGACGUCCAAUUCCCCUCACACUACAAACGCUUCGUUGUCAAGAUGUUCACCUUUAUCAACCAGUCAACUAGGCUUCCUACGACUAAUCAGGUGUUCUUCCACUGCUCCGCCACAGUGUGCCACUCUGCUGUCGCCAACUGUGCGCAGUCAUGCCUUCUCAGGAAAAGGAGAGAUGUAUCUGAGGACCCCAGCGCAUCCACAGGAGUGGUGGUUUCCAGUGGAGCUGUGAUCCUGAUAGAGGGCUCUGGUGGAAAGCUUGAGUAAUCUUUUCCUGCUCUGAUACAUGUAGUAACUUCUGAACCCUGCAUGUAUCUUUCUUGAAAGAAAUACAAAAGAGUUGU